AUGGCCGCUCCCCUUCGCAAGGUCUACAUAGCCAGCUACGAUGCCGGUGGAUUGUUUCCUAACCACUGGGCUCUCUGGGUCCCCAGCGUCGCCGACGAGAACAUCGGCACCAUUAUCCAGGUCGAGGGUGAUCCCGCUACGGGCUUUCACCUCGAGUUUCAGAGAUAUUACGACAAGAGCGUCGAAGAGCGGAAGCACGCUCUCUUCGAAAUCGCCGAUGUCGAGCAUCGGCAUGUUGUCGACAGCGAUGGACUCGGAGAUGGGAAACCAUUCAUCGAGACUGUCGCCCACGACGCCAUUGAGGAGCAGGCGGUUCUGAUUGAUCCACCUGCAAAGAGCCUCAAGUCAGCAGGGAAUGAGAAGCAGGGCAGAGUCGAGAUCAAGAACUGCCAGACCUGGCUAACUGAGCUGGUGAAUGCGCUUGUGGCGCAGGGAAUCUUUCCGGAGUCUGCUCUCACCAAGUUAGCUAUGGUCCCAAAGGCGACAGAACGAAAGCAGCGCGUGCCACAGCUGGAAUGA